UGACGCUGAGAAUCCUGCGCUGUGAUUGGCUGAGAGGCUGAGUGGAGUCAGAGCGACUGAUGAUCGAUCCUAUGGACAUAAAUAAUCAAUAAUUAUUUAAGUGAAGAGUUUAUAUUUAUAAAGAAAUGGAUCGCCGGGUGUUUCCAUGGAUACCAAGUUUAGAUCGAUGACAUCACGUUUUAUUUUGCGUCGUCCAAUCAGAUAUUUGAUCAAUCAAUCACUGAUCGAUCAGCUAAUUGAUCAAUCAGCUCACACUUGUUUUAGUUUGUUUAUAUUUAGAGCCGACCGACGGCGACCUGCAGGUGAACGCUGGUUUCCAUGGAAACUCUGUCACCUGCACAGAGGCACAGCUCAGUUUAACAGACUUUACUGCUGCACCUGAACGCACCGGUCAACACACCUGUCAGGUGGAGUGAGACAUCAAUGCAGAGAUAGGUCAACACAUGUUAGCCUAGCUUAGCACAAAGACUGGCAGCGGAGGGAAACGGUGGACCUGCAGAGUCCUUCAGAUCGUGUAGCUGGUGGUCGAUCAUCCUGGAAGUCAAACAGCUGCAGGUGAAAUGGAAGAUACCUGUAAGAGUCAAGAUCACCUGGCAGAGGGGCGGAGCUACAAGACAGACAGGGUUAACUUGCCAAUGGAAGAUGAUCGAUGUAAGAACCAGCCAAUAGGAGCGCAGGGGGCGGGGUCAGACAUGAUCUACACCAUCGAAGACGUCCCACCUUGGUACCUGUGUAUCCUACUGGGACUACAGCAUUAUCUCACCUGUUUCAGCGGCACCGUAGCGGUUCCGUUUCUCCUGGCCGAGGCCAUGUGUGUGGGUCGAGACCAGAACACCAUCAGUCAGCUGGUCGGCACCAUCUUUACCACCGUCGGAAUCACAACUCUGAUCCAGACAACCAUAGGAGUCAGGCUUCCUCUGUUUCAGGCCAGUGCGUUUGCUUUUCUGAUUCCUGCUCAAGCGAUCCUCGGUCUGGACCGCUGGAAGUGCCCCAGUGACGAGGAGAUUUAUGGGAACUGGAGUCUUCCACUCAACACCUCACACAUCUGGCAGCCACGCAUCAGAGAGAUCCAGGGGGCCAUCAUGGUGUCCAGUGCCGUGGAGGUUCUGAUCGGUCUGUGCGGGUUGCCAGGUUUGCUGCUGGAGUACAUCGGCCCCCUCACCGUCACUCCAACUGUCUCACUGAUCGGCCUGUCUGUCUUCACCCUAGCUGGAGACAGAGCCGGGUCUCACUGGGGCCUGUCAGCACUGUGUAUUCUGCUCAUCGUCCUGUUUGCUCAGUACCUGAGAACGACAUCACUUCCUGUUCCUGUUUGCAGCCGGACUAAAGGACUGACCUCCACCCGAGUCCAGAUCUUCAAAAUGUUUCCUAUCAUCCUCGCCAUCAUGGUGGUGUGGCUCGUCUGCUACAUCCUCACUCUGACCGACCUGCUGCCGAGCGACCCCGAUCGCUACGGACACAUGGCGCGCACCGACGCCCGCGGUGACAUCAUGGCUUCAUCACCCUGGUUCAGAGUACCCUACCCCUGCCAGUGGGGGUUGCCGGUGGUAACGGUUGCCGGGGUGUUGGGGAUGCUGAGCGCCACCAUGGCGGGCAUCGUCGAGUCCAUCGGUGAUUAUUACGCCUGUGCUCGACUGUCUGGAGCCACGCCCCCUCCGGUCCACGCCAUCAACAGGGGGAUCUUCACUGAAGGCGUCUGCUGCAUCAUCGCCGGUCUGUUAGGGACAGGAAACGGCUCCACCUCCUCCAGUCCAAAUAUAGGCGUUCUGGGCAUCACCAAGGUGGGCAGCAGGCGGGUGGUGCAGUACGGAGCAGGUAUCAUGUUGAUUCUGGGAUCAGUCGGGAAGUUCACGGCUCUGUUCGCCUCGCUGCCGGAUCCCAUCCUCGGAGGAAUGUUCUGCACGCUGUUCGGUAUGAUCACAGCUGUCGGCCUCUCUAACCUGCAGCUGGUGGAUUUGAACUCGUCCAGGAACCUUUUCGUUCUCGGGUUCUCGAUGUUCUUCGGUCUGACUCUGCCGACGUACCUGGACAAGCACCCCGACUCCAUCAGCACAGGUGUUGCAGAGCUGGAUCAGAUCCUGACGGUUCUUCUGUCCACUGAGAUGUUUGUUGGAGGUUUUCUGGCUUUUUGUCUCGACAACACGAUACCAGGUUCUCGACAGGAGCGAGGUUUAGUGGAGUGGAGGGCUUCCUCCUCCUCCUCCUCUUCCUCCUAUGAUCUUCCUGUGGGGAUGGGUGUGAUCAGACGGACCCGCUGGCUCCGACGGUUUCCCAUCAGCCCCUCCUUCAGAGGGUUCUGGGCGUCUGACCAGGAGGAGGAGGAGGUCCAGGAGAGAAGAGGAGGAGGAGGAGGAGGAGGAGAGGACGAAGCUGCUGACACCAACCUGCCCAGUACCAAGGUUUGACUGUGAUGUCAUCAGGUCACUGAGCGGGAAUCGAACCUGUGACCCGACUGAACUGUUUUAAUCUCUAAUGGAAUUCAAUAUUUAGUCAUCAUCCCGUCUGGUGGUGACAUCAUCCUGUCUGGUGAUGACAUCAUCCCGUCUGGUGAUGUUUUUAUUGUUUGUACUUAAACAUCUGCAGCCUGUGUAACCAUGGAAACCUUCAAAUAUUCACAUCACGACUAGUUCUUAGUUUU